AUGAGUCGCAAACGUGCGUUUCGGCGUGCCAGGAGGAGGGCUGAGCAGAGGGGUGGAACUUGGUACAAAGGCCGAUGGUGUACAGCUGCAGCGCUGGGGACGAACCUCAGAUCCACUGCUACGCCACUGGAAGCACCUGCCAAGAGACCUCCUCAAUGCCGAGCACCAGCCCGUCUUCGAGUACUGUCGUACAACAUAGGAGGUUUUUCUCAAGAAUGCUACGAUCUCUUUAAACACUACCUUCAUGAAAAGUGCGAGGCGGAUGUGGUCAUCGUUCAAGAAACACACCACGGCCUCGGUCGUGAUGACGGUCACUGGCUCCUGCCAGGGUGGAUCGUUGUCACGACUGCGGAUCCCAAACAGCGAUAUUCUGGUGUCGGGGUUUUUCUGCGUCGAUCAGUCUUUGCGGACGAACAGGUUGGCAAUGUCACCUGGAUACCAGGACGGCUGCUACAUGUUCGGUGCGUUGGCACCACUCUGACGCUUGACAUAGUGGCCGGAUACCAGCAUGUUUGGCAGGAGCGCCACGCGGACAAGAUUAGCAAACAACGACAUCACUUCUGGACACAAUUAGGCCUGCUGGUUCAAGGGCUGCCAACUCGCCAUCUGCUGGUCCUUGGAGCCGAUCUGAACACCCAGGUCCGACCAGUGCCAGGUGUCAUCGGGCGUGGAGUACUCAAAACUCGACGACAACCGGAGGUCGAGCUUGAGGCCCUGCUUCGAGAACAACAGCUCGUCUUGCUGAAUACGUGGGGCCGGUCAGCAGCGUCGGCGUGUGGGACUUUCGUCCAUGGUUCCACGUGCACACAAAUCGACUUUCUGGCUACGCGUCGGCGACAUGCGGAUGCGCAAGCACGCCUGGCAUGUCCUAUCGCUUUGGAUCUUGCUCCGUGGCGGCUUGGAGCGAAGCAUAGACCCAUUUUCACUUCUUUGCCGUGGAUUGCCGGCUGGAAAGUCGCCCCUAAACUGCCCCACCCCGUUCGGUUUUCUCUUAGGGACCUUAGGCAAGCUGUGAAAGAUGGUACAUCUGAGGCCCAGGAGCUCUCCAGAGUUGUGACUGACACUGUGUGUAGCUUAGGUGAGCAGGGCAGUAUCCAGCAGUUAAACGAAGCUGUCCUCCCGCACUGUCAACGCCUCUUUCCCUCUAAGCGUAGACCUGCCCAUACCCGUACUAGUGACCCUGCCAUCACUGCUGCUGCUGAACGACUGUGGGACCUGCAUAGGUCGCAGGUCCCACGAUGCCCACCAGGCUCAUUUCGGCAGGCCUCUGCGCUUUGGCAUAGGCAAGAUAAUCUGCGUAGGGCUGCCAGGGAACUUCGAGCUGCAGGCCAACACAGGCGGCGCCUGUGGCUCGAAGAGCAGCUGCAGAUUGCCGAAAGAGCAGCUGAGCGACAGGAUAUGGGACAGGUGUAUCGUGUGAUCAACACUAUUGCACCUAAGAAGGGCAGAACCAACGUUCGCAUUCGGUCAGCUCAGGGUCAUCUCUUGUCGGUUCGUGAUGAGUUUCAAGAAAUCUUCGCCUAUUUUCAAGGUGCGUUUUCCAGAGACAUUCCGUAUGUCGUUCCUGAUUCAGCUGCUCUUAAGUUCACGAAUGCUGAAAUAAGUGAGGCCAUUGCACUUCUCAAGCCCGGGAAGGCCGUUCCACGAUCCAGUUUGCCAGCUGAUGUAUGGAAGCUUUGUCCUGAUGAUAUCGCGACCUACUGUACCAAUGAGAGUACGUGUUAUGGCGGUAUCAUGCUGAGAGUUGAUCUCAGCCGUGCUUUUGACGAACUGCCCCGAGCCUCGCUCGAGCUUGCAAUGACCCAUGCAGGGAUCCCGGUGGAUCUGCAGGCAGCCAUCCUUGAAAUACAUGAGAGAUGCAAUUAUAGGGUUUCUCAUGGUUCUCAUAGUGGUGUCUUCCAGCUGGGUAAAGGGGUACGACAAGGGUGUGCGCUUAGUCCUUUGCUGUUCACCAUAUACAGCUGCUGGCUAUUCGAUCAGUUUGCUGAGUGCACAUCCUGGGAGUUUGCGAAUGCAGUCGCCACACUCUUUGCUGACGACAGUCAUGCCGCCUUCAAGAUUGAAUCCUUGCAGGAUGUAGGACGUGCUCUGCGGGCGAUUCGCAUACUCUUUGGACUGUUCACCAAAACAGGCAUGCAGGUGAACUCUGCCAAAUCUUGCAUCGUGGCGGGGCUGCGCGGUAGUGCAGCCCGGAACUGGCUCAGACGGCAUGCCUGUGUAGUUGAUGGUAAGCCUGGUUUAAGCCUUGGUACCCCUGGUCACCCCCUCAGCAUACCUAGUGCUAACCGUAUGGUGUACCUUGGGGUUGUAGCUUCCUACGGAUCGUUCGAGAUGUUUACCUACAAGCAUAGGCUAAAGGCUGCUGUUCAGAACCGCCAGAGGCUUCUUCGCACACUGCACUGUCGGAAGUUUUCUCUUGGAUGCCGAGUGAGAUUGUAUGUGGCCUGCGUCCGUUCCACGCUUAUGUACGGAUUGCAUGCGGUUGGGUUACCCGCCAAUGUGCUCCGGAAACUUGAAGCCUAUGAUGCUCGAGCCUUACGUGCAAUCUCAAACUCGCCGGUCCAUCUCACACGCGAGAGCAACGAACGCCUCCGGCAGCGCCUGAAAGUUCCGUCACCCCAUCAAGCGCUGGCACAACUGUUGGGUCGUAGAGCAGAGCGUAGUGGGGAGGUUUUCAGUCGGAACUGGUUCCACUGCAAGCUCGACGAGCUAGCUGCUGCCAAUGGGCUCGUAGCCACUGAAGCCAGCUGGGGAGUGCCUUGUCCGGACUGCGGAAUCUACUUCACGAAUCACCGGCACAUGCGCUCGCAUCGCACUCGUCAGCAUUUCAAGAAAGCAGCGGACUCGGUGCAACCAUCCACCGUGCGGGCCAGGCCCAAAGGGGUGCUCCCCUCCCACGUCUAUGCCAAGUAUGCAUUGGAUGGCAUGCCCACCUGUAGAUUUUGCAGCGAAUCUUUUCAAAGGGUUGAAGGCCUGAAGAAGCACAUCAAUGGAGGAUGCCCUAGUCUUGUAGCUUCCGGGGCUAUCGUCACUGCUCCCGACCCGGCCACAGGCCCAGUGCCGGGCGGAGCAGCUGGCACAAUCGCUGCAGAUCAGCCUCUUUUUGAAGAUGGUGGUUUCCGUAACGCCCUGAAACAGAGCUGGCGCGUGCCAUUGCGUGAUGCUGAGCUGUGUCGCUCCCUGCGAACAUACUGCGUCUUUUGCCAUCAGUGGAUUUCGCUUGUAGGACCGGGAUGCAAGCAACAUCACCGUCUCUGUCACGAGCGGAAGUGGAAGCAUGCCACCGCAGCUGUCGCCCGCGUCAACACACUGGGGCUAGAUCCUUGCUCCCCGUGCCGCUACUGCUGCAAGCCCACGGCCGAUCCACGCCGGACACCUGCCAUGACCGAGUUGAUGGAGGCCGAGCAGGAGCUACCCCGAGCAGCUCUGGCGAGUCGGGAAAUCGACAUGGUGUUUGGUGGAAAGUCAGGCGACACGGCGGCCCAGGACAAAAAGGAGGAGGACUGGGGAAAGGACUGGGAGGAAGCCGGGCGGUCCGGCAAAUGGAUGAAGCAGGAGGGCGGAAAGGGCCCCACGCAGUGGCCGAAGAACUGGUCCCAGAAGAGAGGCUGGGAACCGAGCUCGGGCCACUCCAAAGCCCAACUGGAUCAGAAGGUCCAGCACUUCAUGACGACCGUGGCCAGGGCGCUGAUCCGACACGAAGCGGAUCUGACGAUGCUUCGUGCAGACACAAGCUUCGUCCUCUUCAUCGAUACUUCCACCCACUCCUGCCUCAAGUCAGUGCAGGAAGCAGCAGAAAAAUGGGGAGAGCUCUUCACCAAGGGCGAGGUCAAAUCGCCGCUGAAGCUGGUGCUUCUGAUGGGAAUCUUCAAGAAGCUCAAGGAGGCUCUGGAGGACCUACAGAUCAACGACGACAAGCAGAAGCGAUGCCAAGCGGCGGGAUGGCUGGUGGAAGGUCGUCAAGCCCUCGACCCAGCCUGGGUGUACCACGUCUGGAAUCCACAGACGAAGGAGCAGGAAGUCGGCGAAACCGCGCCGAGGUCCCACACCGAGAUUCUCAAGGACAUGGAUCGACUGAUCCUGCUUCUUCCGACGGAAGGGCUUUUGCUUCGCUUUCGCUGCACGCAGUCCCUGACGGACAAGAAGGAGGGAGAGGUGGUUCCCUUCAUGAUCACCGUCAGCCUCCGCUCACAGGCAGCCGACGAGGUAUACGGGAUUAUGCAGCGAUUGGUGGGCAAUGCUUGCUGCAAGAUGUUGGGCAUGAGGCUGAAGCCGGAGCGUGCUCAGCGUUCCCAGAUGAGCAAGCAGAUCGAGCAAGCCUACCAGGCCCUGGACUUCAGCGAAUGGCGUCCCAGGGGCUACGCGACGCAGCAGAGCUCGGCCUAG